UUGAGUUGAUUUAGGCUCUGAAGCACGUUCUGGCUGUACAGGGCUCGGGAGUGACAAGACUUGGGACCUGCCGCAACUCGUCCCAGCACCUAGUUUCCCGGGAGGCGCGGUCCCGGCAGGAGUCAGCUUCCCUCCGCGGCCCUGACGCCCGGCAGCUACCUCUCACGACUACUUGAAUGGACAUUUGAAAGUGUCAUUGUCAACUGCUUGCAAGCAUGGAGACCUCAUCAAUGCUUUCCUCCUUGAAUGAUGACUGUAAGUCUGACAACUAUAUUGAGCCGCACUACAAGGAAUGGUAUCGAUUAGCCAUCGACGCACUGAUUGAGCACGGCUUGGAAGCAUACCAAGAAUUUCUUGUCCAGGAACGAGCUGCAGAUUUUCUAGCUGAAGAAGAAAUUAGUUAUAUUUUGAAAAAUGUCCAGAAAGUUGCACAGAAUACAGCACACGGGACUGAUAAUUCUUGCGAUGAUACCUCAUCAUCAGGAACGUACUGGCCUAUUGAAUCUGAUGUGGAAGCUCCGAAUCUUGAGCUAGGCUGGCCUUAUGUGAUGCCCGGACUCCUAGGGGUCACUCAUAUUGACCUUCUCUUUCAUCCUCCAAGAGCACACCUACUUACAAUAAAGGAAACUAUUCGGAAGAUGAUUAAAGAAGCAAGAAAGGUCAUUGCUUUAGUAAUGGAUAUAUUUACAGAUGUGGAUAUUUUCAAAGAGAUAGUAGAAGCAUCGACUCGUGGGGUAUCUGUAUACAUUCUGCUUGAUGAGUCCAAUUUUAGUCAUUUUUUAAAUAUGACUGAGAAACAGGGAUGUCAAAUACAGCGUCUCAGGAAUAUUCGAGUGCGGACAGUGAAAGGACAAGAUUAUCUUUCAAAAACAGGAGCGAAAUUCCAUGGGAAAAUGGAACAGAAAUUUUUAUUAAUUGACUGCCAGAAAGUAAUGUAUGGCUCUUACAGCUACAUGUGGUCAUUCGAAAAAGCUCACCUCAGUAUGGUUCAGAUAAUUACAGGACAACUUGUUGAGUCUUUUGAUGAAGAAUUUCGAACUCUGUAUGCAAGAUCCUGUGUUCCCAGGUCAUUUGCUCAGGAUGAAGCAGCAAGGGUCAAGCAUGGCAAAUCUCUCUGGGAGAAUGGAAAUUACCAGCAUUCGGUUUCUUCAUUAGCUUCUGUUUCCAGCCAACGCAACCUGUUCAGUAGACAAGACACAAUUCACAAGCUAGACUCCAGUUACUUCAAAAACAGAGGGAAGUAUGUUUUACAUGAACCUGACAAAUACAGCAUAAGAAAUCAAGCAUACAAACCUCAUUUCGUUCCAAACUUUAAUGGUCCAAAUACAAUCCGUCAGUUUCAACCCAGUCAUCUAAAUGAAAAUUGGAAAAGACACAGUUACGCUGGGGAACAGCCAGAGACCACACCGUAUCUUCUGCUUAACAGGACUCUGAAUCGAGCCAAUCAUCCCCCUGCUAAUUGGAAAAGACCUUCAGAUAGUCUCAGUGUGGCCUCCUCGUCGCGGGGAGGCUAUUCAAGCCACAAUAACACACCUGCUCAAAGUUUUGCUGAUCGGCUUGCUCAGAGAAAAACCAAUCUUCCAGAAAGAAAUUCAAAUAUGAGAAGAUCUUUUAACGGAACUGAUAAUCAUAUUCGGUUUUUGCAGCAACGGAUGCCAACUCUUGAGCAUACCACAAAAUCAUUCCUACGUAACUGGAGGAUUGAAUCUUAUUUAAAUGAUCAGUCUGAGGCGCCACCUGAUUCCAGCGGAUCAGCCCUGGGUGAGCGGUUUGAGGGCUAUGAUAACUCUGAGAAUUUGAAAGCCAGUGCCCUUUAUGCUCAUUCUCGGCUUCGGUCCUCUUUUGUAUUUAAACCAACUCUGCCUGAGCAACAGGAAGUUAACAGUUGCACAACUGGCUCCUCGAAUUCAACGAUCAUCGGUUCCCAGGGAAGUGACACACCUAAGGAGGUUCCACGCUCCCCUACAGGAGUAGAGCAUUCAACAGAGAAGCCUCUGCCAGAACCGGUCCCUCAGCUAUCACCAAAGUCAGAGGCAUCAAAAAUGCACACCUUGCACGUUCCGGAAAAUCACUCACCAGUACUAAAGCAAACCACAAAUGGCCAUACAGAAGCAAAUAAUUAUAUAUAUACAACUUUGUGCUCCAAUAAACAGACAGAGAAUCAAAAGAAUGAACCAAAUGAGAAUCUACUCAAAAGACGAAGUUUCCCAUUUUUUGACCACUCGAAAGCUAACAGUGGCCAUGGGAAUAGCAAGCAUUAUGUGUAUAGCACACUCACCAGGAAUCGAGUUAGACAACCAGAAAAACCCAAGGAAGACCUGCUGAAAAGCUCUAAAAGCAUGCAUAAUGUGACCCACAAUGUGGAGGAGGAAGAGGAAGCUCUCAGGAGAAAUCCUCCAAGUGGCACUGCUACCAAAUCCAUUUCUAUUGCAGCUUUACAUGACGUGAAUAAAGAGGAACCUAACAAGGAACUCACCCCAAAGAAGGAAGUUAAAGGUUCCCCAAGUUUUCUGAAAAAGGGAUCUCAGAAACUGAGGUCCUUGCUUAGCCUUACACCAGAAAAAAAAGAGACUCUCUCGAAAAAUAAAGCACCUGCCUUUUACAGAAUGUGCAGUAGUUCUGACACAUUAGUUUCAGAGGGUGAAGAAAAUCAAAAACCAAAGAAAUCAGAACACAAAGUUGAUUCAUCUCCUAGAAGAAAGCGCUCCUCCUCAUCCAAUUCUCAAGGAAGCCUUCACAAAAGCAAGGAAGAUCUAAGAAUUAGUUCCUCUCCGGGAACACAUUCUCCAUCCGAUGAAAAUAAUAAAAUAACCCCUUCUCCAGUUCCAGCUGAGAGGAAGUUCUUAGAAAGGGCAGGGGAUGCCUCGGCCCCAAGAUUCAACACAGAACAGAUCCAAUACCGAGAUUCAAAGGAGAUUCAUGCCGUUGCUGUUCCUGAAAGGAGGGCAACUCCUUCUCCAAGACCAAAGCCCCGUGAGAUCUUAAGGACUCAUUCAACGGACAGGCGGGUUUAUAGUCGCUUUGAGCCUUUUUGUAAGAUUGAGAGCGCUAUACAGCCAGCAAGCAACAUGCCCAGUCCCACAGUAAAUCGUGCAGAAAUAAAAUCCACAAAUUUGGGCAACAGUUAUGGCAGAUCCAGCCCAAUGCUUAAUUACGGCUCUGGUGUAUACCACUCAUAUCAACCAAAUGAAAACAAGUUCCGAGGAUUUAUGCAAAAGUUUGGAAACUUUAUAAACAAAAAUAAAUAAAAUAACAUAACUGCAAAAGGCUGAUAAAAUACAAAAUGGGGCUAAAUUUUUUUAUAUAUAUAAAAAAUUAUGUUCCGUAACUUGCCAGUAGGCUUCUCUAGGGCAAAAAUUGUAGAUGUGAUGGAAAGUUCCCCAGUGUACUAGUGUACAGUAGUGUUCUAGUUGAUGAAGUUCAUCUAAUUACUUCAUAGAUGAAUUUUUCUCUGUAAAGACAGGAUGUUUAAAUGGUAAUGGCAAAUAAUAACACAAACGGACACAUCAGUGAAAUCAUUUUCUUUAGGCUAAUAAUCUGAAGCCGUAAUUACUAACUUUGGUGAAAAGGUGGUAUAUGGAUUUAAACCGUUUUUCUGUCAAUAACCCUUUAUACUGUAUCUUUAUGGUGUUUUUAUAUCUUCAAAAAUGUUAAAAAACAGGACAAAAGCUUGGUGUUUUUAAUUAAAUUUUUACCUUACACGUUGUCUUAUUGAUUCUAUUAAUGUCAAUUUUCUGCUGUAAUAGUUUGCAACUUUUUGGGCCACAAUAAGACUCUUUAAACUACAUAGCUCAGCAUAAUGUUUAUUUUGCCUAAAACAUUUGCAAAGUGUGAAUUUCAUGCACUGUGAUUGCAUUUGUAGAAAUUUGUUUUACUAAUCAUUGGAAAAAUCUGAGUGGUGCUUUUUUUGGACACAAGGAGCCUGCGUUACAUUCUUUUCUUGAUUUCCCAUUACAUAUAUAUAUGUCAAUACACUUUAUGUAACUACAUAAAUUCCUUGAUUUCCCAUUAUA